UUUUUGAGAGUGGACCAAGACAAAGACAGAGAAUGCAGCCUGGACUGUGCAGGUUCCCCUCAGAAAUCACUCUGUGCAUCUGAUGGAAGAACUUUUCUGUCUCGGUGUGAAUUUCAGCGAGCAAAAUGCAAAGACCCUCAGCUGGAAAUAGCCUACCGGGGUAACUGCAAAGAUGUUUCCAGAUGUGUGGCUGAGAGGAAGUACACCCAGGAGCAAGCUCGCAAGGAAUUUCAACAAGUGUUUAUCCCAGAAUGCAAUGAUGAUGGCACAUACAGUCAGGUUCAGUGCCAUAGUUACACUGGAUACUGCUGGUGUGUCACUCCCAAUGGUCGUCCUAUCAGUGGUACUGCUGUGGCCCACAAAACUCCCCGGUGCCCAGGUUCAGUGAGUGAGAAGCUGCCACAACGAGAAGGUACAGGAAAAACAGAUGAUGCCUCAGCUCCUGCACUGGAGACUCAGCCUCAAGGUGAUGAAGAAGAUAUAGCUUCUCGUUAUCCUACCUUAUGGACUGAGCAAGUAAAGAGUAGACAAAACAAAACCAAUAAAAGCUCAGCAUCAUCAUGUGAUCAAGAACUUCAGUCAGCCCUGGAGGAAGCUAAACAGCCCCAGAAAGACAAUGUGUUCAUUCCAGAGUGUGCUCAGGGCGGCCUCUACAAACCAGUGCAGUGCCAUCCUUCCACGGGCUACUGCUGGUGUGUUCUGGUGGAUACGGGACGUCCCAUCCCUGGUACAUCAACGAGGUAUGAACAACCAAAGUGUGAUAAUGGUGCCAGAGCUCACCCAACCAAAACAAAAGAUUUGUACAAAGGACGUCAACUUCAAGGUUGUCCUGGGGCCAAGAAAAAUGAGUUCCUGACUAGUGUUUUGGAUGCAUUGUCCACGGAUAUGGUGCACGCAGUUUCUGAUCCAUCAUUGUCUUCUAGCCGGGUUUCAGAGCCUGAUCCAAAUCAUACUUUGGAGGAGAGAGUGGUCCACUGGUAUUUCAAACAGCUAGAUAAAAAUUCCAGUGGUGACAUUGGCAAGAAAGAAAUCAAGCCAUUUAAGAGAUUCCUAAGAAAGAAAUCAAAACCUAAAAAAUGUGUGAAGAAGUUUGUGGAAUACUGUGAUGUGAACAACGAUAAGUCCUUAUCAGUACAAGAAUUAAUGGGCUGCUUGGGAGUAACAAAAGAAGAAGCAGCCCCUAAAACCAACACUGAGAGCACUUCAUCCAGCAGGCAGCAAGUUUCUAAGAAGCAAGGAUGAACAGCUCACUGAUCCAAGGCAGAUCUCUGACAUGUGGGAGAUUUCCUCACCAAAAGGCAAUAAAAACAGCUGUAGUAUUUGCACUUUGUACUUAAAAAUGUAAAUUCACUUUGUAGAAAUGAAAUAUUUAAAUAGACUUUUUUUUUUUUUAAUCUGUGAAAAUGUAAUGGCUAGUUUUGAAAAAUUAUCACAUACAAUGUAUGUGUAUUCUUUUGUUGUCUGAAAAAUGUAAAACGUUGGAGAUGUAAAAGUUUGCAUUUAAACCUUUUUUUUUAAUAGCUUUUUGGCAAACAGUAGCAUAGAAACCUGAUUCUAUGUAUUUUAGUUUCAACAGUAUGCCUUGUUUUUCUUAAUCAAUACUGUCAUUUAAGUAGAG